GCGCCUCGGACAGGAGGCGACGCGGCCCGAGCCCACUCCCCGCUUUCAGCGAAACUGUGUGACGGGAAAGCCCCGUUGUUGUUGUGUGUGUGUGUGAGAGAGAGAGAGUGUGCGUGUGUGUGUGUGAGAGAGAGAGUGCAUAAGAGUGUGUCUUUUCUUUUUUUACACUGUCAGAAAGCCCAUGCACCGAGCGCGUUCUUCCCCCAGCAGCUCCAGCGCCGACAGGACUCUCCCAGGAUGCUGUCGAGCAGCGUCGGAGUGGCCGGCUGUUUGCUCUUCCUCUCCGUCUUUCACAUCAACUUUGCGACUGGCAGCCCAGGAAAAGGCUCACAGAGCCAAGAUGAUAUGCAUGUCAUCCACAACAAUCAGCUGGACCUGCGGGAGAUAGUUUUCAUCAUCCAGAGUCAAAGCCACUACUUCCAUGUGCGGCAGGCAGAAAGACGGAGGGCAGAUUUACUCAAGCAGGCGCACAGUCUCACAGAGAAACCACCGGAGGUUUUGCUUCUUCACGAUUUAUCCGAUAAUGAGGGAGAUUGGAGUAUCCUUCCUCUGCUGCCUUACUUAUCGUACUCCUUUGGGAAAAACUCCUCCUGGAUUGUAUUUCUUGAGGAGGAAACGGACGUGAAGAUGACUAAGCUUGUUCAAGUCCUUGCAAAGUUUGACAAGAAUAAAGAGUGGUUUCUUGGUAAGCCCCUCCACGACCAGGAGUCAACCAUCAUCCAUCACUACGCCUUCGCAGAGAAUCCCUCCGUCUUCAAAUAUCCAGACUUUGCUGCAGCCUGGGCCCUAAGCGUCCCCCUGGUUGUUCGGCUUGCAAACAAAGUGAAAGACGAGCCCCUCAAAUCUGACUUCACCAUUGACCUGAAACAUGAGGUCGCCUUGUAUAUCUGGGACAACGGGAAGGGUCCACACCUCACCGCUGUCCCUGAGCUGUGCACUGAGCCAGGGGACUCUCCUCAGGCCCGGCACUGUGCCACCACUCUGAUCAGCGAGCCUCCACUGUGCGGGGAGCCUGUGAUUACAGAAGAUAUAUUUGUUGCUGUGAAAACGUGUAGGAAGUUUCACAGUGAAAGAGUUCCAGUGAUAAAGAAGACUUGGGAAAAGGAUGCGUUUUUUUUAGAGUACUACAGUGACCAUGCCGAUCCUUCAAUACCAACCAUUAAUUUGGGAAUACCAAAUACUGAAAGAGGCCACUGUGGGAAAACAUUUGCAAUCCUCCAGAGAUUCCUGAGCAGCUCUGUCCCAAACACCAAGUGGCUCCUUGUCGUGGACGACGACACACUCAUCAGCCUCCCCCGACUGCGAGUCUUGCUGAGCUGCUACGACUCCUCUCAACCAGUGUGUCUAGGGGAGAGGUACGGCUACGGCCUGAGCCAAGGCGGCUACAGCUACAUCACAGGGGGUGGAGGUAUGGUGUUCAGCAGGGAGGCCGUGGUCCGACUUAUUAACAGCGGCUGCAAAUGCUACAGCAAUGACGCGCCGGAUGACAUGGUGCUGGGAAUGUGCCUCAAUGCUCUCGGACUUCCUGUCACACACAGUCCACUCUUCCAUCAGGCACGCCCAGAGGACUAUGCCGGAGACUUCUUAGCUCACCAGGUGCCCAUCUCUUUCCAUAAACACUGGAACAUCGACCCGGUUGCUGUUUUCAACAAAUGGCUUAAGGACGACUUGUGGGCAAAACCUUUAGGUGGACUUAAUCAGAGUAUCAAGACGGAAUUAUAAUAAUGUUAAGUACAUGACGUGUGUGUGUGUGUGUGUGUGUGUGUGUGUGUGUGUGUGUGUGCGCGUGCGUGCGUGCGUAUUAUGGAGUCAUUGAACUGAAUUGUCCCUCACAGAUGUAGAAGUUUUUGUAUUGUUAAUGUUGAACUGUAAUUAAGAGUGGCCAUGCAAGUGUGUGUCCAUGACUUAAUUUGUGGGUCUUUUCAUUUGUGUUUCAUGAGUUGCAUGUUGAGCUUAUUGUUAUUAUGGAAACAUGAACAUGAUGUGUGUAUAUUUAUAUCUUAAGAACAAUCUGAACCUUACAGCGGAGCAUAUCUUCUUCUCUGGGAGAUGUUUAAUCUUUUAAAGAAGGGUCAUUAAAGCUGUACAAUGUGCUCUAUUUUGACAUAAAAGUAUAAAUAUUUGAGAAUUCUUUCCUUUUCUUUUCUAUGAUAUGAUUGUAUAAAAUAUGAAGUCAUUAAAGGUUAAUUGAGGCGAGAUGGUGAAACAACAGUAUGCUCACAGGCUGUUUGAUGUGACUAAAAAGCAGGAUUAAAGCUGUCUGAAGCAAAAGGGGGUUUUAAUUACUACCAAAAUGUACCAGACAUGUAGUUUUUAAAUGCCCUACCUUUUCUUUAAACCUAACUAAACACACAUCAUAUUUUCAUGGACAUACUAGUAAAACAUUAUAAUAUCCUGAGGUAUUGAUGUUUUAUCAAUAUCAGUACCAAUUUUUCACAUAAUUAAUUGGCCGACUCAAUUGCUGACCAUUAAUAAAGGUCUUUCCAAGACUUUGA